AUGGACUACGACAAGUAUUCGACGGUCAGCUCCGACGGCGGCAACAAGAAAGUGGUCACCACCAAGUCGACUACUGUCAUGCCCUACGAUCCCAGUUCUGGUGUGUUGCCCCCGCCGGGCACUCAGGAAGAGUGGACCACCACUAAGCGACGUAUAAACCACAAAACCAAACAGGUGGAAACCCGUGUUCAGAGGCAAAUCAUAAUGGAGGAUGGUAAGGUCAUUGCAGAUAGUGGGCCAACAGUGACCACUAAAACGACAGAAGACCAGAAAUCAGAUGAAUCAGAGGACACAAAGCACCGUCGCCUAGGUGACUCAGAAGUGCCCGAAAAGUACCGCAAAGACAUUGGCAACCAGGUGGUUUCGGAAAAGACGGUCACCCACAAUGUGAUGCGUGAAGCUAAAGAGGAGAACUACCAGUACCACGAUGAAAGCUUACGAGAGCUCGAAGGCAAAGAUGUCCACCGAAAGGCAGUGGAGGCGCCUCACGAGCUGAUUCGCAUUGACAAUGAACUUCCGCAAGUACCUCGAGGAAAGCUGGUGCACUUUAGCAGCAAAGGCCGAAAGAUAAACGACGUUGAUGAGAUUCAGGAGAUUUCUCGCCUGGACAAAGAUGGCCUUCUGAAGACUGACACCACCCAAACUCAGCACCAUGAAGAGUACGAGGACGACGAGGUUCCUGAGGAAAGUCAGGAAGCGAAACACUUGCCAGAGUCAACGUCACGCAAACAGCUGGAGUACAAUCGUCCCGGUUACGACUACGACGACAACCGGACUUCAAGAACAAACAGCUCUAUGAGCGUGUCACGCAAUGAAAAAGUGAAAAACAAAAAAUGGCGAGACCACAAGGCUGACUCGGGCGACGACAGCGACGUUGUGGAGACUUCAGAGGUGUAUCGACUCUCCGAUAAGAUGCGUUCUUUGAAAACGUCUGCAAAGAACUCCUCAAAGAACUCCAAGGGAAAGUCGAGAAAGGACGACGCCUCUACGCAGGCAUCCCUCUCUGACAGUGACAAUGAAGCUCGCCGCCAUCGACAUGGUAAACACAUGCACGAGGUACAUGAGCGAGUUGAGUCACGGAAGUCCACCUUUGGCACACCGGCAGGCCAUGAUAAGUGUUGUGACCCGCUGGAAAAGCCGAGAAAUAAGUACUACUAUGGGGCCGAUCCAGCAGAGAACGGCGAUGCCGACAAAGGCUACAUUAGCUCCAAUGUCAAGACGUCCAAGUUUGCCAUGGAGAACAACCGCGUCGUUGAGGACAAGAGCUUCAAUGAGGACUUUGAGCGCUCCUUCAAGGGACACAAUGAACAACGCGAUGUACAGCGUGACUAUGACCGCUUUGUGCAGCGUACCAAGGAGCACACAAAGGGCAUUCGAGAUCGAUCAAUGUCGCCAAUGUUGCCGCCGCCAGUGCCACCCGAAUACAUUCACCGUCCAGUGAAGACGAAUGAGUACUCCUCGUCGUCCUUCGAUAAGCCUGCUCGAUCGCGCUCCUUCUACGACCACCAGGUGCACGAGUAUGAGAGCCACAAGCAGAGCCAGAAGGGCUCGUCGUACAAGGAGCCGGCCAUUUCUGCGUACUCCAGUCUGCCGAGCAAGGCCGACCGAGAGCCAUACCGAGCCGUCAGCCCCGGCGCCGGUCGCAGCACUUGGACAAAGAGCAGCAACCAGUACAGCAACGACUACGUCACCUCCUCCUCCUCCGCCCGCCGUCCCACCUACAGUCGCUCCAACUCACGCACCGACUUUCCCGACUUUGCCCCCCUCAACAGCCCACUGGAAAUCAAAUCACUUACCGAGAAUGCCAUGAAGACACGCCACAUUUCUACCUACAACUGA